AUCUGAACGACAGGUGUAAGGACCAAGGACGGUGGUUCAUGGCGGUGUAAUAGCCGGUACGAAACUGUAUAUCGCGUCCGCAGACCGCCGCAGCAGGCACGCAAUUCCCAUAUUGCGCCGCAUCCACCGCUCUCGGUCUCGCCCCAAGCAUGAAUAGCGCGAAUGCAUCCGAGAGUAGCAGCGCACGCGGUCAGGCGGCGCAAGCGCAAGCCGGCACUCUUACCUUCGCGAUGGAUGCACAAGAGGGAACGGAUCUUAUAGGUGCCGAAGAAGUCGCGCAGCUCAGGGAGCAUGUUGCAUUCCUGGAUGCACGACUCCAGCGAGUCGAAGAUGAGGCUGCCGCGCGGACAGAGCAAUUGCUUCAAAGACUCACUACUCUCGAGCAAGAUUGGAGCCUCAUCCGAAUAUUGAUGGCCAGUCUCAGCAAUGGCAAUGGUCCUUCUGGGACACAAAGUCUUUCUCAUAUUCAGGGAGUUCAAACAGGAAACGGCCUGCUUUCACCUUCGGUAUCGGCGAUCGCAGCAGUCGCAGCAGCAGCUGUCAACGCGACCAAUUCAGGGUCGUCGGGACGCCCGCUUCGGAAACGCAGCAGGGCAUCCAUGCCGACCCCCCCAGCUGGCAACCAGUCGCAUCAGCAGUCCAGCAGUCAGAAUGGGCCGUCGACCACGACCACACCCCAGUCUUCCAUGCGAGAUUCUCCCAGUUCUACACGUGCAUCCGGCACCAACAAGAAACGCACUGCAUUCACUGCGGGCUUUGAGUCUCCUUUCAGCGGAGUCAACGCGCAUAUUGCCAAGGCAGCUCACCUUUCGCAGCUGGCUACUCGCCGGUCUAUGAAUGCGAUCAAAACCGGUCAGAACCCAGGGGAUGUGUUGGAUGCUGCGAAUUUCCGGAGCACAUCCAAUCUGCAACCACUUCCGGGCCCUUCGUGGUCGAUCACAAGGCAGACCGCUAGCUUGCAAGGCUCCACUGCAGCUUCUGGCUCUUACACUGCCGUGGCUGCUGGCCAGGGCAGCUCGUCAGAGGUGGGAAGGCCUGCGGCCGAAGCAGGGCUGGUAUUGCCAGGGACCGCUUCCUUUGGUGGGGAACAGGUGACGGCAGCCUUUGCAGCAUCGCCCACGAAUGUUGCCUCAGAGCGGUCUCGCCGGCGUCCCGAGCGCAUAUCCAACGGCUCAACAGACGGACAGGCUGGCGGCAGUGCGCAGGGAGGCGAGAGAUCCAAUGCCACGCCGCCUCCACCACCCGCUGCAAACACCUCGACCGAUGCUUUCAGAGCAACAGUCUUGAGUGAAACAGCGUCCCACCAGGAACAAGACACUGAUGAAAACGAAGAGUCUGACCGAGCUCUCCAAGUAGCGGCUGCAGCGGCAGCGGCGGCGAUAGGGCAAGAGGCAGGACGUGCGUCUGAAGAUGCAUCCACAAGCUAUGCAGGCGCCGCCGACACACCUAUUCAAGCAUCCCAAGGCGAUCAUUCCAUCGUUCUCGACGAAUUUGAAGAACUACCGAUUCCUCGAGUCAACACCGUCCCUGAAGUCAUUGCGCAAUGGGAGAAUGGCGAUGCGCGCGUUGGGAUGAAGCCUCUGAAGAUCUGGACGCCAAGGAUGAUCAAUCAUCCGCGGUAUCUCUCGACGUACGCGGAUCGCAAGCGCAUCGUUGAUGCGUACCAGAGGGCGGGCGGUACGCUGCAGGCCUUCUACAAGCGGUACGGCCAUGACAAGCCGCUCAAAGAGUACAAAAUCCUUAUUCAGGCCAUGGGCAAGCAAGAAGGGAUCGUCAAGGCAAGGCAACGAUCCAGAAAGUCGGCAUCAAGCUCCACUGACAAGGCAGCGGGCUCGCCUUCCCAGAAUGCACCCAGCGAGCCUCAGCGCCAGGUGCGCCAACGAGCCAGCGGAAGGGCCUCAAGUCGUGAAGGAGCUCCGAGUGCGCAGACCGGCGAAAGCAGCGGGGAUGCGAACGACCGGUCCACAUCGACCUCCGGAGUAGAUGACGCGAAUGCCGAACUCGCGGAUGCUAACACCUUUUCAAUAGUUGACGCGAUGGUAGAUCCGAACGCUCAGUGACCAAGUCUACAUUUCUGCUCCUCUUCUGCUUCUGCCUCUGUAAUUUAGCCUCUCUUGCAAACGUAACGUACGCAUGC